GAAUAGUGUUCGAAAACGGGACUACAGAGAAUGGAUCUCCGUGAAUCAAUUACCAACCAAACCAACGUUUCAUUCACCAUCGCCAACCAUUUGUUUUCAAAUGUAUCUCACAGUGAUAUGAACAUCGUCUUCUCGCCAUUGUUGCUCCAUCUUGUGCUUAGCAUCAUCGCUGCUGGCUCCGACGGUCCCGUACAACAACAGCUUCUCUCAUUCCUCCAAUCCAAAUCCACCGAUCAUCUCAUCUCAUUCGCCUCUCAGCUCGUUUCCGUCGUCCUCACCGACGCUUCUCCAGCUGGCGGACCUCUCCUCUCUUUCGUUGACGGUGUCUGGAUUGAUAAAACCCUAUCUCUUCAACCUUCCUUCAAACAAAUCGUGUCUACUGACUUCAAAGCCAAUUUGUCCUCCGUUGAUUUCCAGAACAAGGCUGUUGAAGUGAGCAAUGAAGUGAAUUUAUGGUCUGAAAAAGAGACUAAUGGUCUCAUUAAAGAACUUCUUCCCCAAGGAUCAAUCGACGGAGACACCCGGCUUGUCUUUGCUAAUGCAUUAUACUUUAAAGGAAUAUGGAAUGACAAGUUUGAUGUUUCCUUAACCAAAAAUAAUGAUUUUCACCUUUUGAAUGGUAACUCUGUCAAGGUUCCCUUCAUGACCAGCGAGAUGGAUCAGUUUAUUAGAGAAUUCAAUGAUUUUAAAGUCCUUGGUCUUCCUUAUAAGCAAGGCGAAGAUAAGCGUCGAUUCUCCAUGUAUAUUUUUCUUCCGAAUUCAAAAGAUGGAUUGUCAGCUUUGGUUGAGAAGUUGGCUUCCAAAUCUGAGUUGCUCGAUCGCAUGCUUCCUUAUCAUCAAGUCGAAGUAGGUGACUUUAGGAUUCCAAGAUUCAAAAUUUUAUUUGGGCUUGAAACUUCUGAUGUACUGAAAGAGUUAGGAGUGGUUCUACCUUUCUCUACGGGAGGUUUGACGAAAAUGGUGGACUCUGAGGGUCAAAACCUUUGUGUUUCUAAUAUAUUUCAUAAGUCUUUCAUUGAAGUGAAUGAAAAAGGCACAGAAGCUACUGCUGCCACAGCAGCCACAGUACUAGUAGGGAGUAUUAUGCGUGUUCCAUCUCCAAUAGACUUUGUCGCUGACCAUCCUUUCUUAUUUGUGAUAAGAGAAGACUUGACAGGAACGAUCCUCUUUGUUGGUCAGGUGCUCAAUCCUCUUGUUGACUGAUCUUAGCUUCUCACCUUCUAUGUGUUUAGCGCCAUGUAUUAAGGGAGUUCCAUGUACCAGGGGAGAAGUAUCGAAGAGUUUAUUUGAAUAUAUUUUAAUUAGUACUUUUGUUAAUGUUUGUAAGAGUAUAAAAAUAAGUCAUGAAAAUUUCAGUUUAUGUUCAUAAUAUUCACAUCUAAGAGGUCCUUUACAAUCAUUCAUCGUUGGAAUAUGCAGUGCAUUAGUCCUCCAGAAAAUUCUAACAUGGAGAAAGAGGUGCAUCAGAAAAUCCAAACUUAACAGUUUUGUAAAUCCAUGAUAUAUAUUCUGGUUCAUAAUUUCCAAUGUGGGGCAGCAACGCCAUAGAAGUAAAAUUAGUUUUGGUAGCACAUUAGUAACAAGAUUUGUAUGCAAAGUUUUGCUGUUAAGAGGACUUAUCCAAUAU